AUGUCGUCUUCGUCAGAGAACGAGGCAGACGCUCCUCAACGCAAACGCUCCGCCAAGCGGCCGCGACGCGUCGCGCGAGCCUGCGACUUCUGUCGGCGCCGCAAGAUUCGCUGCGAUGGAGGACAGGGACCGGGUGGCAAAUGUGGGACAUGUGUCUCCAUGAACAAGGAGUGUUCUUAUGUGGUGGACCUGGGCAAGGAUGGCGGUCCCAAGGGGUAUGUGGAGGCGCUGGAGUACAAACUCUCCAAGAUGGAAUUGCUGCUUAAGCGGCUUCACCCUGAGGACGAUUUCUCAUCCGAAGUCGGGAUCCAUAUAACUCGGGAUAACUGGAUGGUUGAGGGCGCGCUGGGGGACACCGAAGCCAACGAAGCCAGUCCCUUCGCUUCUGGCUCUGCGCCAUCUUCGUCUGCUGCUAGACGCCCUCUGAGAUCUAAAUCGACGGCUCAGCCCGACGACCCGGCGUCUAUCUUGGCCAUGCAUCCACCUUCAGACGACGACGAAGAUCUCGUGGUAAAGCUAGGAGAGCUUGACAAAGACUUCAAAAGUAUGCACGUCGGAAGCUUCUUUGGCAAAGCAGGCGGACCAUACCUCGUCAAGACCGCACUGCAGAUCAAGCAGCAGACGCAAACAACGCACCAUGUGAACUGGGCCCACGUACAACGUCCAACAUACUGGUCUCUAAGUCCUUGGGAGCGGGAGGCAUACGAGGUCAAGAUGCGCGCAUACGACUUCCCCGAACCAGACCUGCUGCUCCACCUAGUCAAGCUCUACUUUCUCCACGUCCAACCAUACCUCCCCAUCCUCCAUCGACCAACAUUCGAAAGCGACAUUCGGAAAGGCCUGCACUUUCAUCAAGAGGCCUUUGGCGGAGUGUUAUUGCUCGUCUGCGCUACCGCGGCGCGUUUCUCGGACGAUCCGCGCGUGCUCAUGGAUCAGGAGACGGACGACAAUACGUUCUUGUCGGCGGGGUGGAAGUGGUAUUCGCAGGUCGGGCUGGACCGCAGGUCCCAGAGAUCUGCGUCGCGGUUACACGAUCUGCAGAUAUACUGUCUUGCUUGCCAGUAUCUCAACGGGUGUGCCCGCACCUCCGCGUCUUGGAGCUUAGUCGGUAUCGGCAUCCGGCUUGCGCAAGAUAUCGGAGCCCAUAAGCAAAAAGUGUACAGCAAAACCCCGGGUAUCGAAGACGAGCUCUUCAAGCGCACGUUCUGGGCCCUCAUCUGGCAGGAUCGGCUGGUUGGCAUCACGCUAGGUCGGCCAUGUACACUUCUGGAAGAAGACAUUGAUGUGGAACUGCCGUUGGAGAUCGACGACGAGUACCUGGCCGAGCGCAAACAGCCGCCAGGAAAACCGUCGCAGCUGUCAUACUUCGUCAGCGCCAUCAAGCUCGUCCAGAUAGCAGGUCUCAUCCUUCGGACAAUCUACGCUAGUAGUAAAGCCAAGACGAUGUACGGCUUCAACGGCCAUGACUGGGCCCAAAGAACAGUAUCAAACUUCGACUCCGUCCUGAAUGGCUGGGUCGAUUCCCUUCCUGAUCACUUGCGCUGGGACCCAACUCGAGAGGACCUAAUCUUCUUCGGCCAAUCCUGCCAUCUCCACGCCUACUACUACAACCUCCAGAUCCUCGUCCACCGCCCCUUCCUCUCCGACCGCGCAGACUCCUCCCCCAUCGCUUUCCCCUCCCUUGCAAUCUGCCUCAAUGCCGCGCGCUCCGUCGCCCGCAUCGCGCACCGCAUUCUCGAAUGGGAGCCCUCGCCGCCAAUGUACUUCGCGUUCGUCUUUUGCGCGCAGUCGUCAGCCGUGACGCUCUUGCUCGGAAUAUGGAGCGUCAGGCGCUCAGGCCUCGCGAUUGAUCCGGCGAAGGAGAUGGAUAAUAUCCAUGAUAUAUUGAAGUACUUCAUGGUGCUUGAAACCCGAUGGUACACCGCAGGUCGUCUCAGAGAUGUCCUACGAACGCUCAUGUCCCUGACCGGUCUCCAAAUGCCCCCCGAAGAGCAUCCCGUUGUCGUCCGCCGGAAACGCGCCCACGAGACGAUCUACGACUCAAUAGGCGAAACGCCCGCCAGCGCAAUGGUCGAGCGCGUGCUCGACCAAGCUCAAAUAGUCAUGCAACGCGAAGACGCGACGCUGCGCGAGGAUCGGCCCAUAGCCGGCUCAAGCCGCGUCCAAGCGGCGCUCAGCCCGACCUUGUCACACGCGUCGCACGGAACGUCCAGGAGCAAUAGUAACAGUGGAUACGCUAGCGACUUGCUCAACGGCGCCUCGAUGAACCUCCCAUUGCUCUCCGGCGAGCUUGGACGUAUGGCACCCGACGAUCCGCUGCGCGGCUUGAACUCGACCAACGAAGACAGCAAUAUGAGCGGGUUAGCUAACGCUAGUGCCUUUACUUUUGGACAGGGCGGCGGCGUUUCAUUCGAGGAUGCGUUCGGACCGCUGGGUUUGGGUGGCUUUGCGAUGGCACCGUCCGGCCUCAACGACACGACUAUGUCCGUGAUGGGCUUUCAACAAGGGCUUGGAGGCGGUGGCCUCGGCGAUGGUGGAGGCCUUGGAGGCGGUGGGGGUCUUGGAGGUGGGAUGGCUAAUGGGCCCGACACUUGGGCUUCCGUACCUACCAGCUACGGGGAAGGGGAUUGGGACACUUUCCUAAGGGAGCUUGGUGGGCAUGGCGAGCACCCGUCUUCGCAGGGAACGACGCCAUCCUCGCUCGCCGUCGACUCCACACAUUGA